GCAGAUUCCGUUUCCGGCACAUGGGCGUUGACAAAAGGGGAUCGCUUGCCGCGUGCGCUCUCGCGCCGUGUUUUGCGGUACCGAACACAUAAGUUACAUUUCUCGUGUUUUGUUAAACUACUUACUUCUGCAUAUUUGGUGGAAAUGGAGGCUUUUACCCAGCUUCUGCUGGAAUAUCCGGAAUUCAUGUACAGCGGAGUAGGAGCUACGGCGUCUGUCGCCGUUGGAGCGCUGAUAUACAAACUAGCCACCAGAAAGAAGCCGACCCAUGCAGAUGUGAACUGCUGGUUCUGUAACCAGAACUAUGUGGUACCCUUUGGGAACAGAAACUGCUGGGACUGUCCAAACUGCGACCAAUACAAUGGCUUUCAGGAGAAUGGGGAUUACAACAAACCCAUACCAGCUCAGUUCAUGGAGAAUCUGAACCAUGGAGUAUCUGGUAGCCUUCCCUCAACACCGAAGACUCAGCAGUCGGUCAGCAGUCAGAUGCUCCUGUGCAGGAAGUGCAAUAAGAACCAGACAUUUGUCAUCAAACAGUUGGCCUCAUUUAUCCCAAGGAAUGAUGAUAACUACGAUGAGGAAAUUGAAGCCUACAAGCACCACCUGGAGCAGACGUAUAAGUUAUGCAAGCCAUGUCAGACAGCAGUGGAGUACUACAUCAAAUUUCAAAACCGUCACCUUCGAACUGUGCUCCUCAACCAUCCUCUUCGACGCAGCGGAGAAACCGACAAGGGCUGUGUAACGAGCUCCCAUGCUGUGUCCUCUCCCAUGAAGGUCAUACUGUUACGGGCCCUUACCUUCUUCAUAUGUGCUUUCCUAGUCGCUACAUCUUUGUGUGCCUUGCCAUACCAGCAUACAUCACUUGGAGACCCACAGAUAUUAAGUGGUGGGGCUAUUCCUCCGAAGCUUGCGCCCAACAAUGAAUCUGCCCCCAACAAUGACAGCAGUGGAGGCGUGCCCUUGUGGCAGGAUCUGCUGGAGCUACUCCCAGAUGAGGCCAUAGAUAAGGCCAAGCUGGUGUGGCAGCAUGGAAAGAACAACCAGCUGGCUAUAGUCUGUGUUGGCCUGUUGACGUGUCUCACUGCUAUCUUCUUAGCAGGACCUGUCAGGUUGAGGAGAAUUGAUGCUGUGGCGUCUGUGCUCUGGUUCCUCAUCCUAUGCCUCCACCUGGCAGAGAUCUACCUUACUGAUGCCUCCGGCUGGACAGAAACAGCCAAGCUCGGCACCGUCUGCCUCUGUUGCCUAGUCAGCUUUGCUGCUGCUGUGGCAACGCGCAAGCCACUGGGUCCAAGGAGAGCCAGAUAUCGAAGGUCAGAAUCUGAGCAGUAAUUUUUUCAUUGUGCUUAAAACAUAGAUUUUUGUAAAGAGCCCUCUUUCCAAUAAUUGUUGGUGUUUUUUAGAACCAGGAUGAAGCCAAAAUCUAUUAUCUCUAUCUAAUGUUCAGUAAAGGAACAACUUUUUUAUUGCAAUGUGCGAAUGACUGUGAGGUUAUGACGUGAAUGGCAAACUAAAAGCAUAGGGUGUGUGUGGCCCAUUAUGGGAACUAGAAUCAGAGAUUCUUGCUCAAUCGCAUCAAAACCUCACCCUCAAGCACAGGCUGAAAUUAAUUUAGUUGUAAAGGAAUUUGUUACACUAAAACAAGAUGGUAUGAUAUGAACGGCUCACAAUUCUCAAUCUCUCUGGUCUAACUAAUGCUGACUUUCUCAUUGUUAAAAUGUUUCAAUGAGAGAAAUGGACUAGUCUUGUAUGAACAAUGUAAUCAACAUGGAGAAUUAAGGGUUUUGAAGAAAAAAACACUUGAAAGAGUAUUAUACGUUUUCAUCUCGUGCUGAUUUUGCAGAAAGUGUUUUUGGGAAAAUUGUACCAAAAUCUCAAAUUAAUUGUGUGUAUUAACUACUUUCGUAAUUCCUUAUUAACUAUAACAUAUGUGCAUUUGUGACUAUAUCUUAUUAAGCCAAUCAUAACGAUUUAGCCAUUUUAACGUUAAGCUCUGAACAACUAAACUUAGCAAUGUAUUUUACACCGUUGGAAUGUUUGAAAGCAUUUUGAAUGUACUCACUAAUUUAUUAACUCUCUGGUGAAGCGGUGGAAUUGAAAAUCAUUACUUUAUAUAUAAAUACUAAACCGCUCAUUGCAUGAAUCACUAGUUUGCGAUACACUGCAGGCCAUGUUCAAUAGCUAUUUUGAAUAAUCUCUUCACUUCUGUGUUGCGCCACGUCAUCUACAAUUUCUGAACAAAGAAUGGCCCUGGACAUUUCAGAAAGUGUUCAUCGUAUGUCCUUUGAAGCCACUUUUAUUCAUAACUGUUGUUUGUUGGGAAUCUCUUCCAACAUGAGUGCUGCAACAACAAUUAGUUUUAAGGCUGAGCAGGAUUUAUUCCUAUAUCGUUUUUAUCAACGAUGGGAAUUCACCAUUAUGAUAGCGUCAGGUUCAUUUGCAUAUUGCAAUUUGAAAAUCUAGCCAUUUUCCUGCAAGGAAAAGGCCGUCCCAAGAACGGUGCUAUGAGUUUGAAAGUCGUGUUUCGAUGCGCUCCGUCCCAUUGCUGUAAUAUCCCUUAAUCCGUUUUUCUUUAAUUGCGCAGUUUUUUUCACUUUAAACCAGUUAUACCCACAAUAGAUAUACUGUGUUAAAAUAGUCUCCUGUUACUCUCCUAUGUGCUGAAAGCUAUUGCUUAAAAACUAGUGCCUCAAGAUGACCAUUGAUCAGGCAGGUGCUUGUCUUGGUAUUUGCUGUAGGUGAUCAUGUCCAAAUGGUAAUGUCCGGCAGCCUUUGUGACAGUGCUUGAACGCACAAACAUUUAAUGUGUGUACAAUAUAAGUAGACUCUUUUAAUAGUUUUAAGUUUAAAUUAGAAAAUGCGUCGUUGCCAUCAGCAACAAAUAUUAUUAGAUUUAUUUUAGCGCUUCCCUUAUUAACUUUGCAUGUUGAUGUAUUUAAAACACUGAUGGACUACUAGUUGCAUGCUCUUACAUUUUGGCUCUCGCUAAUUUUUUCCUUUUUAUAGUUUUUUUUUAUUGAACUUGUUUAGAAUGUAUUACGUGAAGGAAAAAUGUAUUUAUAUGACAGUAAUGUGAAAAGGUUUUUCAAGCUAAUAGCUGUUGAAAGUGUUUCUAAAUUGCAUUUGGUGAGUUUUGUACGGUAUCUGUAGGGUUUGGAUUGCAUGUGGUGCUGUCCUUUAGUUAUGUUCUCAAACCCAAGCCAUAUGGUGGUAGUAGUUUCAAAGCUUACAUUUUUUUGUUUUAGAAUAAAAGUGCUGCACAUUUUAAGACAUCAUGUUUGUAGGUUAUGGGGAAAGUAUCGUCUCCGCUAUUAGUUGUACAACUCACUAUUCUUGAUGGUGUUUUGAAAGUGAUGGCUAUUGAUUCAUCAUACCAUCUAUCAGUAUGUACUCAGUUUCCUUUUUACCUUUUUAUAUAAACUGUGUCAUGUGACAGACUGCAUAAACUCUUGACAAAGAUAACAUUUAAUCUGUAGCAACUCCAACACGCCAUGCUUUAUUCAGUCUUCAAGAUAACCAAAAAGGUCUCGUUAAUUAUGUAGGACACACACUUUUCUUCUUCUUUUUUUUUUACCAAUGAAAGACGUGCAAUGACACUCAAGUGUAUGUGUGUGUUCAAAGUAAGAUGUUUGAACCUUUUUUGUUUAUGUAUGGUAAGAUGUAUUGUCUAUGCCAAAGUUUUACAUGCUGUGCUAGAAGUUUGUGUCCGCUAUACAUUUUCAUUGUGCAUGUUUGUCAUGCUAUGAUGUGCAUAAUAUAUAGUAUUUGAAGUGAGUCUGAGUAUUUGGCUAUUUGUGUGUGGUUUUUAGUGAAUUAUUGUAUCUGCUUGAUACGAGUGUUAACCUUCAUUAAUGUCGUGCAUUUAGCUUUAGAAUCGUUACAUCAAACAUUUAUGUUAAUCAUACAUUUAAACUGCCAAGCUCUAGUGUAGCAUUAAACCAUCGCCAAGAACAUGUGGUGAUGGUUUACCAGUGAUAGCUUCAGAGCUACUUUUUGUUGUUGUGAAUGUCAUGUUUUUACUGCACUGUUUCACUGAAUAUCCAGUAUGUAUACUACCUAAAUGUUUAAGCAUUGUGUGUGUUGCAGAAACACUAACUCAGUACUCAAGGCUUAAAAGAUAAAAGGUUAUUUAACCCACAUCUUGGAACUUGACACUCAAAGCAAUAAUUUGCCAGUUUAAUCCAAAGCCUAAAUAAGCUAAUUAACUAUAUCUCAAUUUAAUCGCUUACUAUGCGAUUAUAUAAUGUUUAGUAGCCUCAGAUAUGGAGGUCCGUCCAUGACGAUAGUUUCCUGCAACAUACAUGCUCCACCCAAUGAAACGUACCAUGUUUUUGGUGCCUAUAUGCUAAGAGUGGACGUCUUUGUCAUUUAAUGUAAGGCUCCAGUUUGAAGACAUUGUAUACUAUAAAUGCACGCUGUACAUGGAACGUAAUAAACAUCUGCUGAAAGGAUAA